CUACCAACGACAUUCAACUUUCACGGCCGCAACAAUAUAUACCCAUAUACCUGAUUCCAAUAGUAACGAAGCUGAAAUUAAAUCACAGCAAAAGCACAAUAACACCCAAAACGACAAAGGCUGAACUUUCACUAGAGAUGCCACUAAAUGACAAAAGCCUAAAUUUCCACUGA